GUUAAGAUUUCCCUUUUUUCUCAGUUCAACCACACUUUCAGAAGAAGAAAAGGAAAAAUUCAACAAGCCUCAUUUCAUGAAAAAUAAAAUUAAAAAUCAAACCCACUCUUUUGUUUGAUUUGAAGAAGAAGGAGGAGGUUGAUUGGUGUGACUCUGAAGUUCAGAGUGAAAGAAACGAAACAAAAACAAACAAUGGAGGAAGAGAACGAAGGCAUUGACAGACUCACCACUCUACCAAAUUCCUUACUAUGUCACAUUCUCUCCUUCCUCCCUACCAAAACCUCCGUCGACAUGAGCCUCGUCUCUCGCAAAUGCCGCCAUCUCUGGAAGACUCUCGACGUCUUCAAUUUCCACGACAACUGCGACGAGUACACCUACCAAGGUCCAGACGACGAAUACAACGAACAAUUUAUGUUGUUCACCGUUUUCGUCAACACUGUCCUCUCUCUUCGUCGCUCACGCGUCAUUCGGAAGUUCCGUCUCUCAUGCGAUCAUAUCUAUCCCGAUCCGUUCGCUGGGCAUUCAAUUGACACGUGGAUCAGUACUGCCAUUGGACCCCACCUUGAGGAGUUUCAUCUCACUAUCUUCUCUGCCGACGGUUUCAGUAAUCUGCCUCUUACACUCUUCUCUUGCUGCUCUAACCUUGUCUCCCUCAGUCUCAAUGGCUAUAUCUUGUUGCAAUUGCAAGAAUCUUCGGUAUUUUGCUUACCUUCACUGAAGGUGUUGCAACUACUAGAGUACCGCUUGGAUUUGAAUUCCGUGAAUAUCCUUCUCUCUCGCUGCUCCGUUCUCGAAAAUCUGGAAAUUUCAUUUAAUCCUGAAUCUUUGGCCAUAAUUCGGGUGCCAUCUUCCUUGAAGAGGUUAAAAAUCACUGUUGAGAAUGAUGUUGGGGCUUUGCUUGAAAUAGACGCACCUGGUCUCAAGUACCUUAGCCUCAAACAUAUCACAUUCUGCGAUGCCACUGCUGUUGGGAACUUUCACAACGUGGAAGAAGCAUAUCUCGAUGUAUCACAUUCUGCGAUGCCGCUGCUGUUGGGAGAUUUUCCAGAAUUUCGUUAUUUGCUUCAUCUACAGCUCGGACUUCUCUCUUUCAACUCAACUUUUCUGUUCGACAUGCUUCAAAAAUGUCCUUUGCUACAAUCUUUCACAACAUAUCUGUUCAAAAAGGUAAAUCGAUCGUAUGAUUCAUCACCUUCAUAUAAAUGGGAGGCAAAGCCUAAAAGUGUUCCUAAAUACCUCGUAUCCCAUUUGACCUUUAUUCGCUUUCAAGGAUAUAUAGGAAAUGAGAUGGAAUUUAUUGGGUAUGUUUUGCAAAAUGGACUUGUUUUGAAGACAAUGAUUAUUUAUGAAUAUUGGCUAAAGUCGCUAGACCAACCGAAAACAAAGGAGUGGUUGAAAAAAAUUUCUGAUCUACCAAGGGGAUCUGCCAUGUGCCAAGUUAAAUUUUGGUGAGCUGCAUCGCCUUAAGGUGUGAACUCUCACCGUCUUUAUUCUAUGUUGCUUACUAUAUCAAAAAUGAUAUUGUAAGUCUGCACAAUUAGAUUUCCCUUGAUAGUGUGAGUGAGAGAAAAUACAGGUUGGAAUUUGGUUAGAAUUAUGGGAAAUAUUUAAAGAUCAGCACUGCAAUGAGAUACUUGUAGUGGUGCCCAUCAUUUUGUUGACAUUCCUAACAUAGAUUAUCACUGGGAUUAUCACUGGGAUAAUGAGUAGCAGCUUAUUGCUCAACACAUAUUAUUUGAUACAUAUAUAAUUUUGUUACUUUUCAAUUGUUAGUGAGAUGUUAGCUAUAAAAAUACAAUUUCCGUUUUUGUAGUUGCUAUUAGUAGCAAUUCUUUAUAUAAGUAGUGUAAUGUACUCCAAUAGAUGCUCAA